GAAGUAUCUUUGCAGCACACAGCACAAGUCGCUGAGUAUCAGAGACGUGACUGUGAGACCCUGGGAAAGUUACUUCAGCUCCCCUGAGUCUCAGUUUCCUCUUUUGAACAUGAUGACAUCAUUCAGGAUCAUGGGUUGUUGAAGUAUAAGUGAGCCAGAACAGAUCAAGGACUGAGUGUUGUUAGUGACACAUGGGCAUUCAAGAGAAAGUAAGUGAGAAGGUUGGAGGAGCUGAAGGAACCAAGCUAGAUGAUGACUUCAAAGAGAUGGAGCGAAAAGUGGAUGUCACCAGCAGGGCUGUGAUGGAAAUAAUGACCAAAACAAUUGAAUACCUUCAACCCAAUCCAGCUUCCAGAGCUAAACUCAGCAUGAUCAACACCAUGUCAAAAAUCCGCGGGCAGGAGAAGGGGCCAGGCUACCCACAGGCAGAAGCACUGCUAGCGGAGGCCAUGCUCAAGUUCGGAAGAGAGCUUGGAGAUGACUGCAACUUUGGCCCAGCGCUUGGUGAGGUGGGGGAGGCCAUGCGGGAGCUCUCGGAGGUGAAAGACUCUCUGGACAUGGAAGUGAAGCAGAACUUCAUUGACCCCCUUCAGAACCUUCAUGACAAAGAUCUGAGAGAAAUUCAGCAUCAUCUAAAGAAGUUGGAGGGUCGACGCCUGGACUUUGAUUAUAAGAAGAAACGACAAGGCAAGAUUCCAGAUGAAGAGCUCCGUCAGGCUCUGGAGAAAUUCGAUGAAUCUAAAGAAAUUGCUGAGUCAAGCAUGUUCAAUCUCUUGGAGAUGGAUAUUGAACAGGUGAGCCAGCUGUCUGCACUCGUCCAAGCCCAGCUGGAGUACCACAAGCAGGCCGUCCAGAUCCUGCAGCAAGUCACCGUCAGACUGGAAGAAAGAAUAAGACAAGCUUCAUCUCAGCCUAGAAGGGAAUAUCAGCCUAAACCACGAAUGAGCCUGGAGUUUACAACUGGAGAUAGUACUCAGCCCAACGGAGGCCUCUCCCACACGGGUACACCCAAACCUGCAGGUGCCCCAAUGGAUCAGCCUUGCUGCCGAGCUCUGUACGACUUUGAACCUGAAAAUGAAGGGGAGUUGGGUUUUAAAGAGGGUGAUAUCAUCACACUCACUAACCAAAUUGAUGAGAACUGGUAUGAGGGGAUGCUUCAUGGCCAGUCAGGCUUCUUCCCCAUCAACUAUGUGGAGAUUCUGGUUGCCCUGCCCCAUUAGAAUAUUAGGCUGGCAGGCUUACCUCCUCUUGACCCAGAUAGUUAAGUUUAACCACUGCUUUGGUAAUGCUGCUUACAACACAUCCCAAAUGCAGGCCGCAGUGGUCCAAGUCAUCAAGCCCCACCGAGUAUCUUUGGUUGACUUGUGUGAUCCCACAAGAGUCAUGGUGAUGGGUGGUAUCUUCUUAGGCUGGUGGGCAUGGCAUGUGCUUUUUAAACACCAUCUGAGACCAGUUGGUAGUCACUGAACUGCUGUUUACACGGUCCUCAGGAGGCUGUGGCUUCUUAGAAUAUGACCAUGAGCCACAUUACGGUAAAACCAUCCUACCGAAGAUAUUAUCUAUCACCUAGGGGCCAUCUCAAGGUCUCAGGUUCUCCAUUUCAAUAGGAGAAAGGUCUUGCUUUCCCAUUGCCCCCUCCCAAAUAUGUGAGCCACAGAAUUGUAGAAGAAAGCCUCCCUCACCAGCAACUUGUCUUCUGGCCUGAAUGCGUCAGUCCCUUGAUGCUAUCAGUAGGACAGUGUCGAAUGUGAGUUAAAAACCUUUUCUGAAAACAGUCACUUUUGUUCCUCCCAAUUAUGCCUAUUUCUGAGGGACAGCCAGUUUUCUUCCCUCCCUGCUCAUAAAGCCAGAGGGGGACUCCCACUGUAUUUCUGAGUAAGGCAGUUAGCAGUCACACAUGGUAGGAGAGGCUGAAGAGAAGAGAUGGUCCGUUAUGAGGAAACGGGAAAACAUCUGGUUUCCAAGCUUAAAUUUCUUAAUGCAGAGAAACCACUUAUGUAUUUAGGCCAUUUCCAAAGGUACAGGGAAGAGGGAACACAUAUGUUCACUUCAGUUUUAUUUAUGAAUUACGUGCGUCAUGAGUCCAUUUGGCACAGACACACAAGGAGAAAAACACAAGAAACCAUUAUUCCACGAGUUCCUAGACCAAGAAACAGUAACUGUCUUUCCUUUCCGCUUCCACCUUGUGUUCUUUGAAUGUCAUUUGUGCAGAUUCUGCCCUCAAUGAGGACCAAAUAAAGACGAUUUUUGUGCUUAGCAGUUUAAGAUGUAUGGCCGCACCUGCAGAAGUUUUCCCACCUCAGUCAUGACUUUUAUUUCCGUCCCUUCUGUUCCAUCUUCAUGUUGUGUGCACAGUGCCGUGUGUAAGCCUGUGAGUGGUUUUUGGUUUUGGGUGUUUUUGGUAUCAGUUAUGAAGUCCUGUUAGGUGUUCAGAGUUCUAUUUAUCUAGCUAUACAGAUCCCUUCAGAGGUUGAACGUGCUGCUUCGGAUGUGCCACCUGCGGUCGUGGGUUAUGUGGAGUGAAAGGCAAAUCUUACUGCUUAAUGUAUAAACCUCUUACCACAGGAAGCAUCGCCGUUUCCAAUAAAUAUUGCUGAAGACACA